AUCUACGCCAUUCUGACGUAUUAGUUUUACUUUUGAUGUCUCCAGGUUUUCGUCUACCUCUCACUCGCUGUUACUCCAAGACAAUAACCGCCGUUUCCUGGUGGUAGUGGUGCGGUUUUUUUCUUCAUUCUUGGGACUCUGUAGCUCGUCGUCGUCGUCGCCUUCAUCGCGAUACGUGCUCCGUGCUUCUCUCUCUCUUGCGCUCGCUCGCUUCGUAUAUUUUACAUCAUUCGGCUGGUUUCGUUCCAUCUCCAAGAACAGUCUGAAAUUCGUUCAUCGAAUGCGGGCUAUGAUACGCGCGCGAUCAAGUUGCUCACACGACGAAAAUUUUUCAAUUUAGAGGUGUUUUGUGGUGAUUGUUUUUGUUUCCUGUCCGGAGCUUUUAAAAAAAUUUUAGUGUUCAUGUGCGCGCGCGCGACCUCGCGCUCCGGGUCAAUUUUCUAUUUCUUCGGCCAAAUGUGAAUUUUGCGCGGAAUGUGAUCAGUUUCAAAUUUCGUUUACGGUUGAAUUUUUUCUUCAUUUCGUUGUUUUUUUAGUUCAUACUUGAAAAUACAUACCAUAUAGUGCGAGUGUAACCAUUAUCGGUGAUUUUCGCGCUGAUUUACGAGUGUUCAAGGUGUUUUUUUCUUGAAUGUCGCUGAGCAAGCCUUAUACUUUGUUAUGUUUUACCAAGAUCGAUGCGAUAGUCAAUCUUUACAACGUAUUUUUAAUUCCAACGAACACCGAUAAAAAAUUGAAAUGCGGAGAUCUGGAUUAAUUUUAUCGCGGAAAUUUGUAAUUGGUAUAUUGAUCUGGACGACUCUAUCGACCACUACCGAAGCUCUACGCGGAUCGGCUGUUGUACUUCAGGCUAAAACAAAAGCAGCAGAACAAAAAGAGCAAGCAGACGAAGAGAAUAAUGGCCCGGCGGCGGCAGCGUCGGCUACCAAUGUUACGAAACCACAAUUAACCGGAAUUCCACAAAUUGAUUACGUUCUAGAUCCUAAUUUACCUCGGGAACUGAACGGCCAUAAUUUAACCGAUUACCCAUUUUACAAUGCUGUACCAGAAGAGAUCAACUUCAAAUGCGACGGAUUACACGACGGAUUCUAUGCCAGCGUACCUCAUAAAUGUCAAGUAUAUCACCACUGCCUAUACGGUACACGAUACGACUUUCUAUGCGCCAAUUACACAGCUUUCGAUCAGAAAACCUUCAUUUGCCAUUUCGUCUCCGAGGUAGACUGUGAUAAUUCUCCGAAAUAUUACAAAAGAAAUGAAGCUUUAUACAAAGAAGCGACGACGACGACAACGUCCACCACAACGACCACGACGCCAUCGACGACAACUGCAGCAGCCGUUGCUCAACCGGCUCAGCCUUCUAAUGGUGGUAUGAGACACAACCUUCCAAGAAGACGACGACCGUAUCGUCGCCGAAGACCUAUGUACGAGUACUACUACGACGACGAAGAAUACGCCGAUGCCGAUUACUACGAAGACGAAGUAUCCAGCUCGAGUCAUCGUCGGGCACCUUAUCGAAAGCAUAAUAAAGACAUUUACCAAUCAGAAAAUCGAAACACAGAAACUGACUACGACACGCAGCAAAGCGGCGAUCAAGUAAAACCAGCGGCCGCUGUACGCCCAUCAACCAGCGGCAGCAGCAGCAGCGUAGCUUCUGUUUUCGAAAGACCUCGACCAGCGCCAAAGAUCCGUCGCCCGGUACCGAAAAGCGAACGAGAUAAAUACGAUUACGCGCCGAAACAACAAUUCUCCAGUACUGCAGCUCCAACAACCACAACCACUACAACAACGACAACGACGGAAAAACCACACUCAGCGUCGAAUAAUGGUAAAGGAGGAGCAAAAGCACCGGCUACGGAUGACGAAUACUACGAAGACGAAGAAGAAUACGAAUACGAGGAGCCGAAACCGGCAGCCAAAUCCAAACACCACACAGAUUACGAUUUUCCGACGGGUUUCGAAGAUACGCGCCGAUAUACGAAUCGUUACAGGGGUCGAAUGCCACCGGCUAGGAAACGUGCUGAGAUGUACGACGAUUACGACGUGAAAGAACGACCAUCGAGGAUUAAUCGUAGAAAAGAGUAUACUCGUUACGAUGGCGAUCGUCCGCGGAACUCGAGACCAAUGCAUCGUAUGAAGCCAGUUAGACACGAAGAAGACGCUUCCUUCAAGUACCCUGCAGCAAAGAAACGUCCAGCAGUUGAACCAGAACACAGAGCCGGAUCUGGUCGACGGGCUCAGGAAGCUAAACGACCUCCCGUUGAAGACGAUUAUUACUACGACGAAGAAGAACCCGAAGAGCCGCCUCCGAAACGUGGUAGACGUCCGCAGAAGACGUACGAAAAACCGAAGAGCACCACGAAACACAGUCAGCAAUCGAAGGAACGGUACCAAGAGGAAGACGAACGUCCGCACCAAGAACCACCUGCAAAUGUCAAAUACGCGAAAGAUCUCACACCAACGCCGAGAAAUGGCAAAGCUAACACCGCGGAGAACGAGGUACCCAAAGUGAGUCCAUCUUAUAACGAAAUCUCAACUACCGAAUCUGUCUCCAGUCCGGUAAAAUAUACUCCAAACCACAAUCAAAAAUAUCCCACGAAGACGGUGAAAAUUGUGACGAAUUCGCUGAAAGAUGAACUCGACGAUGCAGCCGAUACGUAUCCUCGAUUAGAACCCGAAAGCAGAAUGUCUUCCUCGCAGACUAAACCAGUCUCUGAGACGCCUCCUUCGGCACCUCCUGCUCCUUCGAAAUUCAACAACGCCGUUAGCCUGAAAACACUUUCAACGCAGCCGGCACAUCGGCCGGAAUCCUACUCGGAGGUUGUUCGCAAAGAGAAAAAACCGUUCGAAUACGACGACGGCACCGUCACUGCUACCACAACCGGCAGUAGAUUCGUCAACAAGACGAUCGUACCGGUACGACACUUCGUCGUUAGCUCGGCUCCUCGUAAACCUAGUCAUUUCCUCGCUUCGCUCAGCACGCCUGUUGUAAAUUCCUACCGAGACGACUCGUCGUCGCAGUCGCAUUAUAGGCCGGAAGACAAACCGCACCAUAAACAGUUACCAGAACAACAAUCCGGAUCUUCGGCCAAAGUUGCCGGACACCACGUCGAAUUCUACAAACCGGCUACGUCGCCUCAAAACGUAACGCAUUUCGCUCCGAUGAAUUUCCGCAAUUUCGCCAUCCCCGUAUCGCAGGAGCAACCUAAAUCCAACGUCAGACCGGUCAAAGAAGAUCAUCUCGUACCUGAAACUUUGAACGCCAUCAAUAACGGUAAUUUUUACCACACAGCAUACAUCACCGAACCAAAAUCGUUCGCUAACGAAGCCUCAAAACCGACAGCGCCAUCUCAACAGACCUACCGACAAGAUCAUCGAUCUUUCGGCACCAAUAGCGAUCGAUUCUACACUACUAAUUCUAUCUCGUUUCCUCCUCGUGCACCGUCUAAUUACGAUAUAACUGCUCCCGGACCUUCGGCUCCUGGCGAAGAACCUACAGCUCCGGAAAAGAAAUACUCGGAGGCACCUACGUAUACAGCUAGUGCAGAUUACGACGUCACCUACAAUGACGCUCUUCAGCCGUCCACAUUGCAUCCAGUAAGACGUUAUCCAUCUACCUCAUUUUACGCUGUACAUCAGCAACAGCAGCCUCAACAACAACAGCAACACCAGCAGCAGCAACAACAGCCGCCACCCAAUCAACAGCAGCAAAGAUCGAUCGUCUCCAGUAGGUUACCAUCAGACUACGCAUUUAACGAGGGUGCCUUUAAUUCGCUUAGUAGAUCUCAAUCGCGUUAUGCUAAAUAGACGUACUCAACCUACUGCGUACUUGAAAAAAAUCUAAGUCAUAUUGUAAAAACAAAACCUAGGCAAAAAAUGAAAAAUACAACAAAAAAUCCUUAAUUUCGAUGACUUUUAGCUCUCUUUUUCAUAUCUAUAGCGAACUGAGAAUUCAAAUACAAAGAACCCUGGCUGAAAAAUGAAUCAAAAAAAUGACUAACGGGUUCGAUAACACGCAGCUUUCUCUGAAUUUUUACUGUCAAUCGCCCUCUUUGGAAAUAUAUCGUCUAUGUACUAUGCAAAACUAGUCACAAAAGUGUACAAUGAAUUUACUAUUUAUUAUUUUUUUUAAAUGCUCAAAAAAUUAUAUCGACGCAGAUAUGUCGAGGACUCGAAUUCUAUUUUCUCAACGCACGCAGUUCGAGAUAUUGCCUGAAUGAAAACGCCCAUUCCUAUUUGAUGAAGUGUUUUCCUGUAUUGAAAUGCGAGUUAGCAAUUCGCGAAUGCAAAUAUUAGAUGACGAUAAUAUAAAAAAAAUUAUCAAUUUUUAUUAUACAUACGUAAUUGUGAUUUAGUGUAAUUUUUACUUAAUUAAACGGUAAACGUUUUCUUAAUUUAAUUCAAUUCUCCUUUUUUUCUUCUUUAUAAUUUUAAGACACACGUAUGCCAUCAUUUUUCUUUUCUUACUAUUUUUUUCUAGUAUAUUAUUGUAUUAUCUCUAUACAUGAAAAAUGGAGAAAAAAAGAAGUUUAUAUAAAAUGUCGAUUUGUGAUUUUUUUCCACGUGCAUAACCGAGUACGUGGGUGAAAUUAUAAUAAUCGCGAUAUUUGUAUCGUGAGUAAUAAUUAUCAUUGAAAUGAAAACAAGUUUUUUUUUCCUAAAAAUAUAAAAUUAUUCUAACUUG